CGAGCGACAGUCGCGGCGGCGGCAGUGGUGAGCACGAGCCGAGCGGCAGCUUUCGGAGAGGCAGCACGGAGUUGUCUUCUCUAUGGGGAGUAGUAGCUUGCGGCGACGGCACCCCCCCCCCCGCUGCUAGCCUCUGAGGGACCCCGCGGCACGGGCAGCGGUCGCUGAAGGCGGGGCUGGGGGUCUUGGCGGCAGCGGCGGCGGCAGCAGGCAAGCUCAAAAGACAGGAUGCGUGGCCGCCACAGCGGUUGGCAGCUCCUGUUCGAGUGCUCCUGAAGGGGCGAUGCUACCGUUCGCUCCUCCGGAGGAGCCCUGGGACCGGGAAAUGGAGGUGUUCGGCGGCGGCGCGAGCAGCGGCGAGGUGAAUGGUCUUAAAAUGGUUGAUGAGCCAAUGGAAGAAGGAGAAGCAGAUUCUUGCCAAGAUGAUGGAGUUGUUAAAGAAAUCCCUAUUACUCAUCACGUUAAGGAAGGAUAUGAGAAAGCAGAUCCUGCACAGUUUGAGUUGCUCAAGGUUCUUGGUCAGGGAUCCUUUGGAAAGGUUUUUCUCGUUAGAAAGAAGACCGGUCCUGAUGCUGGGCAGCUCUAUGCAAUGAAGGUGUUAAAAAAAGCUUCUUUAAAAGUUCGAGACAGAGUUCGGACAAAGAUGGAGAGGGAUAUACUGGUGGAAGUAAAUCAUCCGUUUAUUGUUAAAUUGCACUAUGCCUUUCAGACUGAAGGGAAGCUGUAUUUAAUAUUGGAUUUUCUCAGGGGAGGAGAUGUCUUCACAAGAUUAUCCAAAGAGGUUCUGUUUACAGAGGAAGAUGUGAAAUUCUACCUUGCAGAACUGGCCCUUGCUUUGGAUCAUCUGCACCGAUUAGGAAUUGUAUAUAGAGACCUGAAGCCAGAAAACAUUUUGCUUGAUGAAGUAGGACAUAUCAAGUUAACAGAUUUUGGACUCAGCAAGGAAUCAGUAGAUCAAGAAAAGAAGGCUUACUCAUUUUGUGGUACAGUGGAGUAUAUGGCACCUGAAGUAGUAAAUAGGAGAGGUCAUUCCCAGAGUGCUGAUUGGUGGUCAUAUGGUGUACUUAUGUUUGAGAUGCUUACUGGUACUCUGCCAUUUCAAGGUAAAGACAGAAAUGAGACCAUGAAUAUGAUAUUAAAAGCAAAACUUGGAAUGCCUCAGUUUCUUAGUGCUGAAGCACAAAGUCUUCUAAGGAUGUUAUUCAAAAGGAAUCCAGCAAAUAGAUUAGGAUCAGAAGGAGUUGAGGAAAUCAAAAGACAUCUUUUUUUUGCAAAUAUUGACUGGAAUAAAUUAUAUAAAAGAGAAGUUCAACCUCCUUUCAAACCUGCGUCUGGAAAACCAGAUGAUACUUUUUGUUUUGAUCCUGAAUAUACUGCAAAAACUCCUAAAGAUUCUCCUGGUUUGCCAGCCAGUGCUAAUGCUCAUCAGCUCUUCAAAGGAUUCAGCUUUGUUGCAACUUCUAUUGCAGAAGAAUAUAAAAUCACUCCUAUUACAAGUGCAAAUGUAUUACCAAUCAUUCAGAUAAAUGGAAAUGCUGCACAAUUUGGUGACGUUUAUGAAUUGAAAGAGGAUAUUGGUAUUGGCUCCUAUUCUGUUUGCAAGCGGUGCAUACAUAUAGCUACCAACAUGGAAUUUGCAGUGAAGAUCAUUGACAAAAGUAAGAGAGACCCCUCAGAAGAAAUUGAAAUUUUGAUGCGCUAUGGACAACACCCCAAUAUUAUCACUUUAAAGGAUGUUUAUGAUGAUGGUAGAUAUGUUUACCUUGUUACGGAUUUGAUGAAAGGAGGAGAGCUACUUGACCGUAUUCUCAAGCAAAAAUGUUUCUCAGAACGAGAAGCUAGUGAUGUACUAUUCAUAAUAACCAAGACAGUUGACUAUCUUCAUUGUCAAGGAGUUGUUCAUCGUGAUCUUAAACCUAGUAAUAUUUUGUACAUGGAUGAAUCAGCCAAUGCAGACUCCAUUAGGAUCUGUGAUUUUGGGUUUGCAAAACAACUUCGAGGAGAAAAUGGACUUCUCUUAACUCCAUGCUACACUGCAAACUUUGUAGCACCUGAGGUUCUUAUGCAACAGGGCUAUGAUGCUGCUUGUGAUAUUUGGAGUCUGGGAGUCCUCUUUUACACGAUGUUGGCUGGCUACACUCCAUUUGCUAAUGGCCCCAAUGACACUCCUGAGGAGAUACUGCUGCGUAUAGGCAAUGGAAAGUUCUCUUUGAGUGGUGGAAACUGGGACAAUAUUUCAGAUGGAGCAAAGGAUUUACUUUCCCAUAUGCUACAUAUGGACCCACAUCAGCGGUACACUACAGAACAAGUAUUAAAACACUCAUGGAUCAUCCACAGAGACCAGUUGCCGAAUGAUCAGCCAAAUAGAAAUGAUACAUCCCAUGUCAUUAAGGGAGCAGUAGUUGCCACAUAUUCUGCCCUGACUCACAAGACCUUUCAACCAGUCCUAGAGCCUGUUGCUGCUUCAAGCUUAGCUCAGCGACGGAGCAUGAAAAAGCGAACAUCAACUGGCCUGUAAGAUUUCCAGUGUUCCUCAGCCAAACUGGAUGAAGAGAAAAUUAAAUGUAUGGCUUUUUGCCUAAUCUUAUAUCAGAGGCAUAGUUUUCUGCUACAUUACUUGAAUAUUCUGUUUAAGCCUCCUUUUUUAGGGGGAGUGAGAUAAAAAAAAACAUACACAGGUCCACAAUAUUCAUACUAUGUUUUCCAGUAGUGUCCAAAUGUUUAUUUAAGUAUAUAUAAUUGGUGUCCACAAGGUCCUGACAACUUCUCUGCACACUAACUUCUAAAGUUCCUUUCAAAUCAAGUUACUUUAAUAGUUCUUCUGGUUUCAUACAAUAAUGGUUUGGAGAAUCAUUACCAACAAUCAAGAUGCAAAUAUAAUGGUGUAAUGCUAAGCAAUGUCAGUAUUUUUUAACAUCAGAUCCUGAAGGAUAGGCUUUUUUUUAAGAAAGCAAAACAAACAAAAGAUGUACUGUAGGAACCUGUUAUUGUGUACAGCCAAAGGACUCCAUUCAUUUGACUCUGUAGUUACUAAAAUAUAGACAUAGUAGUUUGGUGCCAGAGCAAAAUUCAUUUGUGCUAAUAUGUGAACUCCUGAAAUGGUUGGUGCCAAAUUUUUAUAGAAUUAAAUCACAGAUAAUAUAUGCAGACAGACCUGUAUAGUAUCCAUAAGUGGCCUCAUGUAGAAAUAAAGAUUUCCAUAAGGCUUCUGUGACUUUUACAUCUAAUGGAAUUGUAGUACAAGUGAAGAAUUUUUUAGCCAAAGGCUUUAUGUUGAUGUUGUAAUCUGCUAAAUAGGUCAUAGCUAAGCCUUUGAAAAUAAAGUACAUGGUGUUGAUACUACGUUGGUGUUAUGUAAGCUGACUUUCAAGUUAACCAAUUUGAUUUUAUCAUCUAUUUCCUUUAUAAUGAACUACACUGUUAUUUUUUGGACUUCCAUGUGGUUUGAAUCACAGUGUAGCAUAUUAAUCUACCUUGAAUCCUAUGGUAAUAUAAUUGAAAUUUUACUGUACUGGGCUUUGCAUACAUGAUAUGACAUGUUUCAGUAAACUUUAGAUAAUGCUACAUCAAGAAGAUAAACUAACAUUUUAAAUGGGAAGUAAUAUUAAUGAUCUACAUAAAAUUUGAACACAUUUUGAAAUCAUAUUUAUUAAAAAAAGAUCUGGCCGAAUUGGUCUUAUUAUUAAAUUUAUGAUUCAGAACCACUGUGUAGGAUGUAUUAUUUUCUCUAAAUGAUGAGAUUUUAAAGAAUCUUUUUGUGUUGAAGAAAAUAUCAUUACUACUACUACUACUAUUGCUACUACUACCACUACUACUGACAGAAAGAACUCAUGAAUGUAAACUGGAGGAUAUUACAGUUUUGUUUAGUGAAUAUAAGUGAACUACUUGUGUGUGCUAGGUGUACUGUUUGCUGUGUAUUUUAUUUUGCUUAGUUCAGAGAGAGAGUUGAUUGCUGAGUGCUGAAGUAUACAAUUUAGGAGACUUGUAACUUCGGUAUUUAAUAAAAGAAACUAUAUAUAUUCUCUUUAUAAUGUAAGUGAUAUAUAUUCCAUGCACAAAGAUCUGUUUCUUGGAUGUGAUUUAUAAAAGUACAUGUCCUUAUUUUGAGAUGUCGUUUUGCAAUAAUUGAAAGACAUGAAAGAACAUCUAAUGCUACAUGGAAAACAUAUGGCACUAAGAAAAUGACUGAUAUCGUCAUCUUGUGGAUUUUAUGUCCCAAUUUGGCUUUUUCUUUCUUCAUUUUGCUUUAUUACUAGAAGUACUUGCAUGUAACAAUUUGUGUCUGUAUAUUCUAGCUUAUUUUCCUUGUCGUUAUCUUAUUUGUGCUGUUAUGCCUUCUUAUCAGAAUUGAUAUGACAAACCCAGAGGUAUGAUUUUGGUGUUGAACUUUUCAGAACAGAGAUACUAUUUUCAUGUAUGCUUUUCUAGCAAUAGAAUUAGGGUAAGUGAAAUUGGAAAAUGAAAAAUGAUCACAAAAUAACUUUCAACCUUUUCAUAUUCAAUAGUUUUUAAAAGUAGAUGGUCUUAAUUUUUUAAUGAGUUUUCUCAGAAGGGUCAUGUCAUACAGUCCUUUCAUGAAUGGAACACGGCCAGAAUUAUGCAAUGAACAGCAUGAUUCCUCAUCACUCAAUGAGGAUUGACAAUGUGUAAAAGACGCAGAUAUGCUAGUAGAUUUUCCCAGUAAUUGUGCGAGAGUUUUCUGCUGGAAAAUUCAAACACGGUAGCUUAACAGCAGUAGUGGAGGGCAGCUUUAUUAUAAGGGAGAGCUUCAAACUAUAUCCUCAUUUUGUAGAAGGAACCCAGGUAGGGAUGUCCAAUGAUUUCCAUUUUGGCUAGAACUCUAGAGCAACAAAUGCAGAUGUGAAUGGGACAUUUUUUUGAUGGGGUUUCUGUAAAUACUUCACCAGUAAAAACUAAUCCUUUCUAUGAGACUUUAGGAUACUGUGGUUUCUGAGAUUCAUGAACAAUUAUUUUGCAUUGCUUUUCUUUCUAGUUGAUGGUUCUUGGUAGUAUUUAAUGAUAGCACAGUUUGGGAUUUAUCUUGUUGUUUUGGAAGGGAGAAGAUAUUGUGCUUUUUUUUCCUCAAAGGGAAAACACCAGGUUUGCCCAGACAGACUAACAAUCUCUUGUCCUAAAGCACAUAUUAUCAUGAAUUAACUCAGGAAACCAUUUGAAAGAAAAUUAAAAUGUAGUACUGGUGGAUGGUGAUUUUGUGAAAAAAGUGGUUUCAAUUCUUUCAUAAAAAUCAAACUAUAGCUCAUUUUGUUAGACCCAGGAAUGCCUAAACAUUGAUUUUUGUAAUUUAUCACCAUUGGUAAUUAAACAGAGUAAAACAUUUUGAUAACACUUCUGGUUAUCCCAAAGGGAUUUCAUAUGUGUAGGCAACCCACAAACUUAAGAACAGAUGCUUGGUGUUUAUGCUGCCUCAUUGAGAAACAUCAUGUUAAAAUAGUAUUUCCCACAGAAACUUAUUCAUACUGAUUGAAUAAUAUUUUCCUGACAGUAAGAGGCCCUUUAUAUGUGAAGAACGAAAAGAACUGCUUACCUUGGCCUUAAGGUUAACUAGAAAACAUAGGCUUAAACUAGGCAAAGUAUGUUUUUGGCAUUCUCUACAUUCUCUUUCUCCUGGCUUUCCAGCUCCCACAUGCUGUCCUACUUGAGUACCUCACCAAGAGGACUCCAUGAUUAAAGCUUACUCCAGAAGCCUUCUGUGCCCCCAAAGGACCUCACAAAUCUCCUUCUCCAAAUCAAAACUUCUAUUCUCACCAAACAGCUAUUUUCAGCUAAAAAGGUGAAAGGAGCGGUAUCUCUAAAUUAAUUCACAUUUUUCUGUAAGUAGCUAGUAGAUAAUUGGCGUUUUUCAAGUUCCAUUAAUCGAAUGAGUUUCUAGUUGCUGGAUUUUCAGGCAAUCUAACCAGAUGAGAAUAAUUUUAAAUUCAUUUUUUAUCAGGGAAGAUAUGUUUGGGCAAGGAAUUUACACAGUAUGCCCCAGGGUCAGAUUAUCCAAUAAACUGUUUCUUUUUUGCACAGCUCCUUCUUUUCUACUUCUCAAUCUACAUUUUCUCUUAAAAACUUGCAAGCUUUUUAAUCACAGUGAACUUGUAUGAUAGCAUGGUGUGAAGGGAGGCAGUUGUUGUUAAGCCCAUAUUUAUCUGUAUUCUUGUUCCUCAUACUAUAUGAUCUGUAACAUAAGGAAUCUUCCUUCCCCAGCCCCUAUUCCUGUUGUACUGAUAAAGAAACAAGAGCACAGAAAGGUUGAAUGCAAACUAUCAGUGGAGUCCAAUUCUCCAGGUCCUUUGUCUAGAUUUCAGGACACAGAGAUCCUAUUUAUCACAAUGUUACUUCUCAGCAAGAAUGCAAGCCGUAUUAAGUAUAGAUUGGUCAACUGCAAUUAAAUUCCCUUAGAACAGUUUCUUAUAUUUCAAAGCUUAUUCAGGUAUUUUUGGCAUGUAUCUCAAAAUGAAUGAUUGCUGAAAUUAACAAUACAAUUCAGUAGUGUGCUAUCUGCCUUUCUAUGAAAGAGCAGAGUGGCAUUGACAGUGAUUAUUCACAAAUACAUUAUACUCAUGGUUCCACUGUUCCUGGUUUUAGUCUUACAAUAUAGUGAAGUCUGUUGUAUAAUUUGAAUAAAAUAAUAAUGCUUGAUCACCUGAAAUUCAAUUUGGUUGCUAACACUUGAAGGUAUAGUAAGUCCUAAAUUAUAGGCAUAAGUUUCUUUGAAAUAUGGAAAAAAAACACAAAAGGAAAAGUAAUACAGAAAUUCAAGCUUGCUCACUUACAUUAUACAUGUAUUCCACAAAUUAUGUACCUUUUAGUUUAUUGACCAGCAAGAAAUCUUAGCUAAAUUCUUAGAAAUAAAUAUGUAUGUGAUUGCCAAGUUAGGAUUUUUUCUGUAUUCACAUUUCUAAACCUUAGACAAUAGAACUUCUUUGGAUGACUGUUUAGCUUUCAUUCUGUUUGUCUAAUUAUGUGAACUAAUUUAUUUUUCAAAAGGUAUUUAUUAAGCAUCUAAUUUUAUGUGGGUCAGUUCUAGAGAAUGUACUAAGUGCAUUAAUUUCUUAAUAAAUUCUCAUAAUGUGACCAAUUAGAUUUAUUUGCUUUUUUCUUUCCUAUCAACUAAUAUUGCUUAGGUCACAUUUGAGUUCUCUUUUCAAGUUCACUCUGUCUGAAAUUGCUACCACUUAUAGCAAAAAAAUGUAAGUUCGUUUUUGAGUAUGAUAAAAUUAUUUUUGACAUCAUGAAAGCAGUCUAGCAGGAAACAGCCAUUUUAAAAGUUAUACAAGAAACCUUAAUUAAAUAUCCAAAUGCCAACAUGGUUUGGAAAUGAGAAUUUAUCUUGCAGUAAUUUCCACAGUGCAAAACAAGGAGAAUGGUGGUUUUUCUGUGUUUGAUUUUUUUUUAACAGUAAGUAGUGUUGGUAGUUGUUACAUAGGAUUUAUGUAGAGUGAGCAUAAUUCGAUAUAGCCACAAUAAAAAAAAAUGUCUUGCCAGCACUUCCCAAGUACUUUGGGAUUCCUCAACUUAUUUCUUGAUCUAGAAAAUAUUAUAUUUACUGGCAUUUUAUUGCACUUCUCAAGAAAGAAAUGGCGUUAAAUAGAAGUUGUGUAUAAAUUUGAUUCACAUAUACUUAAACACUUAAAAGCUGCAAUUGGAAAAAAAGGUCCUCACUAUUCGGAUAACUGUAUUUUCUUUUUCUGACUACAUUAUGGAGUUUAUACCAUCGUUUAUUUUAUGAAUGUUUUCUUUGAAGCACUGUUCCUUUUGACAUUAAAAUUUUCAUUGUACUACAUUUUUCAUGUAAGACCAAAGCUAGUAGUGCAUUUUACAGUGUUUUUUCCCUCACAGUGCUGCUUAAAGAAAUGGCUGUCAUUUUGAAUUUACAACAUGCCAAAGAUGACACAGAAAUUAUAUUUAUUUUUGUUUUUGUUAAAUCUUUGUGAGCAACAUUUAUCAAGAUAUCAUGUUAAAUUACUGGCAUUCUCUGGGUACUAAAUAAAAAGGCUGCAACUUUCUAA